AUGACCACCGACCUCUACUCUGUCCCUGCCGCCAACGGCGUUGAAUCAAAUCUACUCCGCACUGCCCCUUCGGACGAUGCUACAGCAAGCAGUAGCAACAGUUACAAGCCCAAUGGCACAUACCAGAAACCGGAAUCAAGUCAGUCGGAAGCAGAGCAACAGCAAGAAGAAUUAUUUUCGCCUUCCCUCAUUUCUCCCGAAAUCCUAGCAGUCUUGCCAGAAGGCUACACUGCCCGCCCACUACGCCGCUCCGACUUUCACCUAGGCUACCUCGAUGUUUUGCGCGUGUUGACAACCGUCGGUGAUAUUACAGAGGCUAUGUGGAAUGAGCGAUAUGAUUACCUCUACAAGCGCAAUGACGAAUACUAUCUGAUUGUGAUAUGUGAUGGUGCAGGCAAGAUCGUGGGCACGGGAAGUUUGAUCGUCGAACGUAAAUUCAUUCACAGUCUGGGUCUGGUCGGCCAUAUUGAGGAUAUUGCUGUUGCCCAAGACCAGCAGGGCAAGAAAUUGGGACUGAGGAUUAUUCAGACACUCGAUUAUGUUGCCGCCAAGGUUGGGUGUUACAAGUCUAUCCUGGACUGCUCCGAAGUAAAUGAAGGCUUUUACAUCAAGUGCGGCUUCAGGCGCGCUGGCCUUGAAAUGGCGCACUACUACUGA